AUGAUAUUAUUAAACAAUCAAACUUGGUAUUUAAAACUAGAUGAAAAUUUGGCGAAUGAGCUGGCAAAUAUUUUGGAUGAAUUUAAGGAAGAUGAAGGUGUUUAAAAUAAUUUUCUUGAUUAAUCCUUAAUGUAAAUUUAAUUAACACUAUCCCUCUUUGAUUUAAAAUUAAUAAAAGCAAAUGAAUGCCUUUACUCUUUAAAGUUAGAAGAUGUAUUUUAUAAAUCACACAAGCAAACCAAUAUAUUCAAUACUACACUAAUUUUAGGAGAUUUGGAAAUUAUAGAUACGGUGCAUAAAUUUGAUAAUCCUGAUCUUCAAUAUUUAAUUAGAAAAAACCCAGAAUAUAAAGAUGCAUUUCUUACAAUAGAAAAUGAAAUUUUGCAUAAUUUUUCAUAAACAAAAUUUAAUAUUGGAUAAUUUAUACUGAAUUGGAAAGCUGAUUGUUACUUAUCCAUUUAAUAGUUAAGCAAGCAAGCUAGGUACUAAAGCAUUUGGUAUAGAAUCUUUCAAUUUAGAGAAUGAGGAAGCAUUUUAAGUUUUAAAAGGAGAAUCAAGUGAUUAAAUAUAUUAGCAUAAGUUAGACUAAUUAUUAAAUUAAUAAUCUCAAAGAUAAAGAUGUUACAACAACUAAUUUGCAGAAAUUUUACAUAUGCUAAUUUCCAAAAAAGCAAUUGAAGAAAAUAUAAAUAGGAUCAGAUAAUUAUUUACUAAUUUUUCAAUCGAAUGUGUAUAAAAAAUAGAGUUAAAAUUAGAAUACGCCAAAGUCAACUUGUUGCAUAGACAAUCGCAUAUACUUUUAGGGUAUAUAGAUGCAUACGAUUUAAUACAUGAAGUAGAAUUUUCAUAAAAUUCAAAAUUUAUGAGUGGUAAAUUAAGAGAGUUAAGAAUAUUCGAUGUUACAAAUUACCCUAUUACAUUUGAAAAAUAUAAUCCAUUUGAAAUGGUUUACCUUAGUGAAAUAUCAGCAUGCAAAUUAUAAUAAGGACUAUUUUUUAGAUUAAAAUGA